GCACCUGCAUUCCACAGCCCGACAGUUUCCUGAGCAGAGCGGAUUUUCAGACAGGAUUAGAUGAAAAAAAUAAGUAAUGUGCGUGAAGAAGAGGAUGUGACAACUGCCGAGUGUGUGUCUACUGCCUAGGGGAGGCCCUGGCACUUGCACCUGUCCCUCUCCGUCUCCGCGGCCAGGCGCAGUUGUCGAACUGGGAGAGCUCAGAGAGCAGAGCGACGCACUGUAUACUUGUAAGGCAGAGCAGAGAGGAGAGCGCGGAUCCUCAGCCUGUACACGGAGGGACACAGAGCCAGGGCAACAUGACUUCAUCCUACAAUCUGGAUUUCCUGCCCGAUAUGAUGGUGGAGAGCCGCUUGCUGGUUCCGGGCGAUAGAAUUAACGGCACGGCCGGGAAGAUGAACGGUGCGUUGGAGCAUUCGGACCAGCCCGACCCAGACGCCAUCAAGAUGUUCGUGGGCCAGAUCCCUCGCUCCUGGUCAGAGAAGGAGCUGAAGGAGCUGUUUGAGCCCUAUGGCGCCGUCUAUCAGAUCAACAUCCUCCGAGACCGCAGCCAGAACCCUCCACAGAGCAAAGGGUGCUGUUUUGUCACGUUUUACACACGGAAAGCUGCCCUUGAAGCCCAGAACGCACUGCAUAACAUAAAGACCUUAACAGGGAUGCACCAUCCCAUUCAGAUGAAGCCUGCAGACAGUGAGAAAUCAAACGCGGUGGAGGACAGGAAGCUGUUCAUCGGCAUGGUGUCGAAGAAGUGCAAUGAGAACGACAUCCGAGUCAUGUUCUCUGCGUUCGGACAGAUCGAGGAGUGCCGGAUCCUGCGAGGGCCCGACGGACUCAGCAGAGGCCUCAGCCAGCGGGAAGCCAACGUUAAGGGAUGUGCGUUUGUCACCUUUUCUACCAGGGCUAUGGCACAGAAUGCAAUCAAAGCCAUGCACCAGUCUCAGACUAUGGAGGGCUGCUCGUCUCCCAUCGUGGUGAAGUUUGCCGACACGCAGAAGGACAAGGAGCAGCGACGCCUGCAGCAGCAGCUGGCUCAGCAGAUGCAGCAGCUCAACAACGCCACCACCUGGGGGAGUCUGACAGGGCUGGGCGGCCUCACCCCGCAGUAUCUGGCUGUAAGAGGACACGCCGCGUCGCCCACCCCUUACUGCAGCCCCGCAGCCAACGCAUCCGUCGCCGCCGCAUUGCUCCAGCAGGCCACCUCCUCCAGUAACCUUGGAGCCUUCAGUGGGAUCCAACAGAUGGCAGGUAUGAGUGCUCUGCAGUUGCAGAACCUGGCCACUUUAGCAGCGGCAGCAGCGGCGGCCCAAAACUCAGCCGGCCCCAACGCAAACCCCCUGUCCUCCAACGCGGCCUCCCUCGGAGCGCUGGCCAGCCCAGCGGGCCCCACAGCCAACUCCUCGGGCAUGAACUCUCUGACCUCUCUGGGCACUCUACAGGGCCUGGCUGGCGCCACCAUGGGUCUGAACAACAUUAAUGCACUAGCAGGUAGCGUCAACAUUGCACAAAUGCUCUCAGGUAUGGCGGCCCUGAACGGAGGCCUGGGCGGCGCGGGGCUGACCAACGGCACGGCGGGCACCAUGGACGCGCUCACACAGGCCUACUCAGGGAUCCAGCAGUAUGCAGCCACAGCCCUGCCCACCCUCUACAGCCAGUCCCUGCUGCAGCAGCAAGGUGCCGCCGGCAGCCAGAAAGAGGGGCCUGAAGGUGCCAACCUGUUCAUCUACCACCUGCCCCAGGAGUUUGGGGACCAGGACAUCCUGCAGAUGUUCAUGCCUUUUGGAAACGUGGUCUCUGCCAAAGUCUUCAUUGACAAACAGACAAACCUGAGCAAGUGCUUCGGCUUCGUCAGCUAUGACAAUCCCGUGUCGGCGCAGGCAGCCAUCCAGGCCAUGAAUGGCUUCCAGAUCGGCAUGAAGAGGCUGAAGGUGCAGCUCAAGCGCUCCAAGAACGACAGCAAACCAUACUGAUCUUAGCACUAGGGCCUAUCUGCUCCCAUGUUACCACUGCUAGGAACCCAUCUCCAUGCCUGUUAGCUCAUCGUUUGCCUAGCAUGUCUCUGUGGCCUGGCGUCCAAAAACAAAAUUAUACAAAAAAAGUCUCAUCGUCCCGUCAUUGUUUUCUGAUGUCUUUUCUGAGCUCACCUGAUCAUAACCUGGUCUCCGCCUACUGACCUUUUGAACUUAGCUUGACCUUUUUUGGACUUUUUUUGCAUGUGACCUCAUGUUCUAUUUUGGGGAGGUGGGGUGGAUGGGGUACAUUGUGGAUGAAGGAGGGCGGGAGGGAGGAGGGGGGGGGGGGGGGGGGGGCGAAUCAAUGUGAAGAAGUAUAGCAUCAUUCAUACAAAAAGACUGAACUCUUACAGACAAAAACAAAACGUUUCUUUUUAAAAACAGAAAAACCCCGUGGCAAAAUGAUUUCCCUUAGAUUCAUUUAGUUAUGUUUAGUUUCCUUCUUUUAUGUUGGGUUUCAUUUUUUGCUCCUUUUUUCAGUUAAAGUAAACUUGAAAGUUCAGCACAGGGAUUGGCAUGCUGUCUUGUUUCUGGCUCCACUGGCAAUAUGAGGCCAGAAGCAGACACUGUCGGUGUCCAUGAAAAAUAGACUACUUCCAAACAGUUCUGAAUAAAAACUGUCUGAUCAAUAUUAGACUCUCUCAGAGCUCUGUAAUUGUUUUUACAUUUUUCAGGCAGUGUAAAGUUUUUUGAUAAGGCCAUUUUAAGUGGCUCUGUUUCUCAUUAAAGUAUAUAUAGAACCACUUUUUUCUAGAGUAGUUUAAGGUAUUACAAAAAUGUCAACAAAAAAAGACUUGCCCUGUUUGGGGGGAGAAAUGCUACCUACGUGUCACCUUUUGCUGAACUGACUCACAGAUAGACAAUCCGUGGUUUAAAUGCACAUGAUAAAGAAAUGACCUAUAUUUUCUACUGUUUAAAUUAUAGAGCGAAAAAAAAAGAGGAAAUGACCUGUAACCCGCGUUAACGUUGGUGCUUCUUGUGAGUUUAGUUUUGGUUUCAUUACAAGUCUAACGGUCUUAAGUGUCUCAUGUUUUUAAAGAGAAGACAAAAAAAAAAAAUCUGUUUACUUGAACAAUAGACAAAGCCUUUCAUAUGAAUACUAUUAUAAUUGUUUUGUCUUUUUUAUUUUAAGCAGUCCCGAUUUGCUAAAUUUCUUGUUGGGUAAAUUAGCUAUAUAAAAUUCCUAAAAAAAAAAUAUAUAUGAAUAUAUAAAUAUAUAUAUAUAUAACAUGUCGGCUUGUGAAGCAUCAAUGUUAAUAUGAUUUUAUUUCUAUCGUGGGAAACAAUAUUUAGAUGUGUUUUGUUGUUCAUUAUAAUGUAAUUUUCUUUUCUUAUAAAGAAAAAAAAGACAAGAUCGGUGGAGUUUAGUGCCAAAACUUGAAGGUACAUUCUGUCUAUAGCGCGUCAGUGUAUUUCUGGUCAAAUUAUUUGAUAACAUGGGUAUUUUAUUAAGUGUUUUGUAUGGAUCCCUCAUAUGUAAAAAUAUAGAUUUAAAAAAAGAGUUUGUUAACUUGCUAUUCUGUGGUCUUGUUGCCUGAAACUGUUCAUGUUUUGCUUUUCUUCGUAAAGAUGUAAAAAGUGCCCAUGUGUCAUAUAUAUAUAUAUAUACACACACACACACUCACACACUCGCACGUCUACACACACACACACAUGCACACACACACACACACGCAGACCUCACAGUUGACUUUACUUUGUUGUUGUGUAUGAGAGCCCCUGAGUGUGAGAGCCUCUACAGUCCAGUUUCCAUGUUCCUGCCCACCAGUCUUUACAUUACUGUUCACACGCUCUCUCUAUCAACACGUCACUCACACACACAGUUCUCACAUGAGCCAUUAUACCGAGAAUUCUGCAAAGCCUUAUCACAAGCCCUUACAUGAACACUCACACUCACAUUCUCUCCAAACACUCUCGCUUCAUCCUUUCGCUUUGACAAAUGUCAAGCCUUAUUUUAAGAUUUUCAUCUCUCUCAUUAUAACCUAAAUCAAGGACAAGUGUUUAGUUGAAGUUGCUACAGACUGGGAAGGGGCAUCGUUAUUUGCUGGUCAUGUAUGUGUCACCUCAAACAACAUGAAUGCGUUGCUUACAUGAGGUAAGUGAAGGGCAAGACUUUCCCACACAAGCCUCAAACCCUCCCCAGAUCCAGACAAAACAACGUUGAUAGUACAGAAUGAUUUUCAGCUGUUUGGUUUUGUUGUUUCUUCCAUUGACAGUUUCUUAUGGACAUGUACCAGUAUUGGUAAUUACACCAUUAUUACAGAAAUAUGUUUGCCCUGUUGUAAAUGUUGUGUAAUGUAGUGUAACUGGCCAAAACAGUGUUGAGAUGCCAAAGUAUUACGUCAAGAUUCUCAUAGUCAAUCCGUUUACAUGACACAAUGCUGUCUGUCCGUCAGUCUCAGUAUUCUGUAAAACUGCCCCGAUUCCCUUCCCUGGAAACCUAGUUUACGGUCUGCAAAACGCAGCACUAUUUUAUACAAAAACUCACCAGUCGCCUUAACCAGGGAGUGUUGUAUCGAAAGACUUGUCUAAUCGGAUCUAAACAUCUGUAUGUAAGUAGGUGGUGUUUGCCAAGUCUAAGUGUACUGUGUUGUACUGUACCUCCAGCUUCUCCAACUCUGGGUAAGCGUGUCACCAUUUUGUCCCACAACGCAGAGUAGAGAGGCAAAAUGGCCACCUUCUUAUUUAGUGUGGCUCUCAAACUGACAACCAAGGAAAAUAAAACAGUUUAUUGUUAUCCGUUUCAUCGUCUUUUUACAGAAUAACAAGGUUUAUUUGAAAUACCGAGCCAAAUGGAGGAGGGUUCGUAAAGUGCAGACAGGGGAAAUAAAACUAGAGACAGCAAAACAACAGUCUCAGCCAAGAGGCAGAGCCCUCUUACCAAUGCCAAACUUCAGUUGAGUCCAUAGCAUAUCAAAUUGACAUUUCCUAAAGCAGUAAUGAGUCAUUUUUAUUUAUUUGACCUUUAUUUAACUAGGCAAGUCAGUUAAGAACAAAUUCUUAUUUUCAAUGACGGCCAAGGAACAGUGGGUUAACUGCCUUGUUCAGGGGCAGAACGACAGAUUUGUACCUUGUCAGCUCGGGGGUUUGAACUUGCAACCUUUCGGUUACUAGCCCAACGCUCUAACCACUACCCUGCCGCCCCAAAUGCCAUAAAAACAGCUCUAACUACCUGCACAAAAGUAAUCAGGAUUGCCAAUAUGUCAUACGACACAGUGUUAAUAGAUCAUUUUGUCAUUAACGUGAGCUGAUCGUAGUCUCCUUAUAAGACAGCUGCCCAAUUAGGCCUCAGACCCUUCAGGAAUCCUCUCUGUGAGGAACAUCUUUGCACUCUAAAUACAUUAGGUAACAUAAACAGACAACAGAGUUACAUCAACUCACGGUGCAGCAUAAUGAGUUGCAGGCGUAGAGGCUUUGGUUUUCGGGUUCAUCCCUUAGCCAACUACUUAUACUUUGGGAGAUGGUAAUGUAUGGACAUGUGUGUGUUUUUACAAAACUUAAGCAUCCCCCAAUUCCCAAAUCUCUCACUCACACAUACACACACAGCGCGGGUUGGCACAGUGUAGUCUGAUUGAAGUUGCAGUCUGUUAGAUGUUUCUGAAAAAGCACAAGAGUGUCCUCCGCAGACAGACCGUUAGACAGGAAUGUCUGUUGAGUGCCUCACAUCUCGGGGGCUGUCAUCACCGAUGCUUGUUGUAAUCUUUCAAUCUUGUCACUGUUCCGUUCUCUGUUCUCUUACUUUCUUAAUUAUCUAAAGUGCUAUUUAUCAAACAAUUACAUUUUAAAGGAAAAAAACAACUUGUAGUUUCUUUGCAUUUUGGCUUAUUAUGUCUAGUUUUGGGGGGGAAAUGUUUGUUUUCUCUCUCUUUCUGUGCCGUAAAGAGCUUGUUGUCUGUAGAUUAAUAUAAUUUUGUUUGAUUCUAAAGGAUUUCAAUAGUUUUAAGUAUUGUCUUGAGAGAAGCCAAAGUCAGUGCAUUUCAGUGGAUUCUGUAAGCGUGAUGUAUGUUUGUUUGACAACACUUCGAAAUCUGUCAUUGGAUGGGAUUGGAAAAGUACAAAAAAUGCAGGCUUUCCUAUUUCUACAAAUGAUUGUACUUAUGCAUUUUGUACCAGUGAAACUUUUUAUACUGGAGAUUAAAGGAAACAAAAAAAACUAUUAGAAAAACAAACCUGUCUGGCCUCAUGAUGUGGCCUGACCUUUGUUGACUGGUUCCCCGAGUAUGAUUUAUAGCUGGCAUCAAGAACGUUGUCUUUUAAUAUACGAUUUUCUAGAAGAACUUUGGCUUGGUUUCUUUAAUUAAUUAACUCCUUAAUUUUCCUUACUUCAGUGUUGUUAUUUUCGCAAAGAGGGGUUAGGUGAGUGUUGGUUUCUUUUUGGCUUAUACAUGGUUAUAGCCAUUUGUCUAUACAAAAAAAAAAAAACGGUAAGUUUCAUUUAACUUCUGUAUUGUGACGUCUACAUGAUAAGACAAUUAGGAAUAUAAAUAUUUAGUCACCUUCAGUGGAUUAAUGUAUUAGUUUAAUAAAAAGAUAAACUAAUUAGAGGUUUUUGCUUUUAACUGUUGAGAUUUUUCUGGUUUCUCUGUCCCCUGUGAACUAACUGUGUAGCUGAAGCAGUCAGAAUUAUUUUUGUAAACGUAUGUUCUUGUGUGAUGCAGUUAUUUGCUUCUGUCUCCGAUAUUAAACCAUUUUUCCUAAUACUC